AUGGUCUACCUGCUUCCGAAGAACACUCCUCACGCGACCUCUGAUGUGUCUGAUUCGCGAUGCAAUUCUCCUGCCCGUCAAACCCACGCGCCAGGCACGAUGGAUCCACGCCCCCGCGGCAGCUGGCAAAUGUCGCCCGGCACCACCCCCGUCAGCUGGUUGUGCGCCACGUUCAGCUGCUCCAGCUUUCGCAUCCGCCGGAUUUCCCCCGGCAGCGACCCCCGGAGUUUGUUGAAGCUCACGUCAAACACCGUCAACUCCGUCAGGUUCCCGAUCUGCGGCGUUAGGCAGUCGGUGAGAUUGUCGUUCAUCAGAAUCAGCUCGUUCAAGGUUCCACCCAUCUUCCCAAUGCUAGCCGGAAUACAUCCGCCGAAGUUAUUGUUCGCCAGGACCAAAACCGAAACCGGCGAGUUGCCGAGAUUGGCCGGCAGGCUGAACCGGAACCGAUCCUUGUUAAAGACCUCCGGCGGCACGGGGCCCUCGAACUCGUUGAACCGGAGGUCCAGGAACUUCAGGGACGUCAUGUUCAGCACCACCGACGGAAAACCGCCGACGAAUCGGUUGUUACUCAGAUCGAGCUCGAAGAGAAGCCGGAGCUUACCUAAGGUUCUCGGGACAACGCCGCAGAAUCUGUUGGAAUUGAGGUGGAACAAGGCCAGAUCCGUGAGCAGACCGAUCUCUGGCGGCAGGGAGCCGGCGAUGUCCGCGUGGUUGAGGUCGAUGCCGGCGACCACUGUUAGCGAUUCAUUCGCCGGCGAGGGAGCGCAGAAGAUCCCUCUGUACGAGCACACGUUAGGCCCCCUCCAGUUCCUUGUGGUGUUAAGCGGAUCUGAGUGGAUGUUCUUCUUCAAGGCCUGCAGGGCAAUGUAUGCCCGCCGGAGAUUUAGGUUCUGGAAGAUGUAA